GAUAUGGAGGGAGCAGGACAUCUACAAGAUUUAGCAAACUGCAAAGCAUUAAGAAUCCUUUCAGAAAAGAUUAAAAAUGUAAAACAAUUUUCUUCAGAAGCAUGUAUAUUCAAAGUGCAGGAGCAGCUGCGAAAAACAAAGCCAGAGGCUUAUACACCUUCGACAAUUUCCAUCGGGCCUUACCAUCAUGGGAAGGCAGAAUUGAGGAAGAUGGAGAGGUGGAAAGAAUUGUAUACACAGUCCUUUUUAAACAGAACACAAGGAGGAGUGGGUGUGGAGGAGUGUUGGAGGAAAUUAAAGGAUUUGCAAGGCAGAGCAGAGAGGUAUUAUGGUGAUCUUGAUGACAUAAAAUUUGUUGACGAUGAUGAUGAAUUCGUAAAGAUGUUAUUGCUUGAUGGUUGCUUUAUAGUGGAAUAUGUUAUUAUACAAUCAGGUGUAGGCAUGCUGCAAAAAUGCAUUGUUGAUCCCAUUUUCAUGAUUCAGGGGAUGGAUACUAAUAUUGCUCGUGACAUGUUGCUCUUGGAAAACCAACUCCCCUUCUUUGUUCUACAAGCACUCUAUGACAUGAUUUGUAAUUUGCCUGUCAAACCAGAAUUCUGGAAGAUGGUGAAAUUUGCAUUUGAGCCUUGCCUACCAAAGAAAACUAUUAUCUCCCUACCGGUGUACCCUGGCCAAGAGAUAAAGCAUUUACUUCAGUUAGUGCACAUUCUCUGCCAACCCCAACCUCAAAAUAAUGCAGGGCAGAUUCAUCAGCAGCAGAAGGCAUGUUCUUCUUGCUGCUCUUGGAAACAACCACAACAAAGUAGAGACGAUCUUGAGGUUGAAUUAUGCAGUAUACGUACUGCAAGUGAGCUUCAAGAAGCUGGAGUUCACUUCAAAAAGCUUGGCAAGAUUUCAGACAACUCUAAUAAAACCAUAAGCCUAUUUGAUAUAAAGUUUGAAGGAGGCGUAUUAGAGAUCCCCUCUUUCGCUCUCUAUGAUUCAACAGAAACAUUCUUCAGAAAUCUCAUAGCCUACGAGCAACAUUCGCCGUAUGUGCAUCCCAAGUAUUUCACAGAUUAUGCCAUGUUCAUGGAUGAUCUUAUUAAUACGGAGAAGGAUGUCAACUUACUUCGUCUUAAAGAUGUUUUUAUAAAUGGAUUGGGAGAUGACAAAGAAGUGACCCUUCUUUUUAACAACCUUACCAAAGAGGUUACGCAUGACAUUAAUGGCUUCUAUUACAAAAAUGUGUGCACAGAAUUGAAUCGACAUUGCAAAAAACCCUGGAAUGCGGCGAUGGCAAAACUAAGACGCAAUUAUUUUCACAGUCCAUGGGCAGGGAUUUCUACCUUUGCAGCUAUACUGCUUCUUUCGCUCGCUAUUGCACAAACUGUCCUAUCUGCGCUUGGUCUGCACAAGUAAUUUCAUCAAUAUCUACUUCUGUUAUAAAUA